CUUUUGAACUUGGCUCAGCGUUGCAUUUCUGUUCCCGCCACUCGCUUGCCGCGGCUUGAUGCUUCAAUUACCGACUGUUGAUGAGGGUAUGGCUUCGAUGAUGGACUUGGUGAAGAUACAGAUGACAAUUUGUCACCCCUCCAAAGGUUACAGAAAUAUCUCGACAGUGACAACAUCUUCAACAGACAAAUGGUUGCCAGGGGCUUGUUGGACACACUUAGAGCGGUUGGCACCAAUGAGGAGGAGGCUCAUGCCGUCCUUAAAGCUAUGGUCAAAAUAUCAGAAGAUUCUGAACCAACAGUACGAUCCGAGUUGAUGGAGCAAGUACCUCAUAUAGCAGUGUAUUGUCAGGAAAACAUAGAAACGUUUGAAAAUGCGGUGCCCACAUACAUCCUACCAAUGGUUGUGCGGUAUCUCAACGAUGGCAAUAACCAGGUGCGCAAAACAAGUCAAGCUGCCCUCCUUGUGCUGUUAGAGCAGGAACUUGUUGACAAAGCUGACAUCGAGGAGCAGGUAGUCCAUGUAAUCUUGGAUCUGGCUUGUCCUGACAGUCUUGAUGACUACAGAACAGAGGCAGUGGCUUUGAUGAGCAAGAUGGCCCCCCUCCUUGGGAAGGACAUCACAGAGCGUCAGUUCCUCUCUCGAUACUGUGAGAUGUGCACAGAUCCACUCUUCCAUGUCAGAAAGGUUUGUGCUGCAAAUUUUGGAGAACUCUGUGCAGUAGUAGGAACUGAAAAUACAGAGGAACAUAUGCUUCCCAAGUUUUACUAUCUCUGUGAGGAUGGGGUCUGGGGUGUACGGAAAGCAUGUGCCGAGUGUUUCAUGAAUGUCUCCUGUGCAUCAUCAUUAGAAGUCCGACGAAAUGACCUGGCCAGUCUCUUUGUAAAUCUGCUCUGUGACCAGUCAAGAUGGGUGAAGAUGGCUGCCUUUCAACAGCUUGGACCGUUCAUCUCAACCUUUGCUGACCCGAACAGCACAGGAUUGGUGGUGAAUGAUGAUGGCAGUAUCACCUUUAUCCACCCUGAUGGUGAACAGCAGAGUGAAGCGGAGGCAGAGAUGAGCUUCAAACGAGCUGCCAAAGAAGCCUUGGGCUGUGAUAUUGAUGACCUUGAAGCUGAGCUCUUCCGACAUGAGAAAGAAAGUGAAGAGGGCUCUUCUGAUGGGACUGAUUUGCGGGAGGAGAAGAUGGAGAUUGAUGCUGUGGAUAAUGGUGAGGAAGAAGUGAAAGAGGUGAAAGCUAGUGAUGAAACAACGAAAUCAGCUGUGGGCGAUCAAGAAAGGUCUGUAGAAGAAUUGAGAGCUGAGAAGUACGAGAACAAUGUCAAAGUAACAGUUGAAGAACCAGUGGCCACUGAUGGCAGUGAAUCAACAGUGACUUUGGAAGAGAUUGGGGAAUCAACAGACGGUGAUGUAAAUGACACAGACUCAGCUGUGAAACCCGAGGAGGAAAAGUCUGAGGCUGGGAAGUCUCCUGAAGAAGUUUCUCCUGGAAGUUCGGAAACAAAGGAAGAACAGGCCACAGACCAACAGGGAAAGGAGGAAGAAGAAACAGAAGUAAGUGAAGACAAAUCAAAUGAAAACACAUCUACCUCCGGUGCUACAGACGCUGAGAAUUCCUUGGAGUCUGUAGGAGCUGGAGAAGAGGCUGCUGGCAGCCCUCUUGGACACUUGGAAAAAACCCAUGUACAUAUUGACAGUACAGAGUCUUUCAAUUCUUUCCAAUUCUGGCGCCCACCGUUCCCCCAAGUUGACCUUGAUUUUGAUUUAGUUGACGGAGCCCCAACCAACAUUCACAUCACUGCAAAGGUGCAGGACGACGACAAAAAGGUCUAUGCAACAGAAAUGAACGUGGCUGUAUCUUCAAGGGGCCUUCAGGAUGUAUCAACGAGCAUAGCUCAGAUGCAUGUAAGUGAAAAGGCGACACCAGUUGUUCAGACUACUGCUGUGGAGCAAGCUGGCGUGAAGAUUCACACAGCAAGUGUGAGCACUGUGAGUGAGGUGGAGACAGUUAGCCAUAUUGGCAGCACCCACGUGAUAGGGCAGCAGAUAAAUGAAGUGCCUAUGGCAGUGGUGGAUGGUGUUGUGCAAGACCUAAGUACCAGUAGUAUAAGCUAUAUUGAUAGCGAGUUAUCCCUGUCUUCCCAUGAUAGUCUUCGUGAACAGUCACUGAUAGAUGACGCCACACUAGCUCAACAACAGGACAUUGUGCCACAGUCUCUUCUGGAGAACUACCUAGGUAUGGUUGACCCAUCUCGCGCACAGACAGUGGACACAGAGAUUACCCGGCACUGUGCAUACAAUCUCCCUGCCGUGGCCUACACACUUGGGAGACAAAAUUGGCACUGCAUUAAAAACCUGUAUGAAACUUUGGCCCAAGAUAUGCAGGUAAAUGAGUGGAAAGUUCGCAGGACUUUGGCUUUCUCACUUCAUGAAAUGGCUAUGAUCCUUGGUGAAGAGAUUACCCACAAGGAUUUGGUGCCAGUUUUUGAUGGAUUCUUGAAAGAUUUAGACGAAGUUAGGAUAGGUGUUCUCAAGCACCUAGCAGAUUUUUUGAGGUUGUUGCGGCCUGAUGUCAGACGACGCUAUCUGAAGAAGGUGCAGGACUUCAUGUCUACAGAUAACCAUAGAAACUGGCGCUUCAGGCUGGAGCUGGCUGUCCAGCUGGUUCUCCUUUGUGAGCUGUACAGUCCGCAAGACAUCCGCCAGUACAUCGUACCCAUGUCGCUUGCCUUAGCUUCUGACAAGGUCUCAGAGGUCAGACACAUGGCCUACAGGCUGCUGAGCAUAAUUCUACAUAGGAUGUUCGAGGAAAAUGAAGAGAACCUUCUUAGGGCACUGGUGUGCGAAGUUAUUGACAAAUUUGCCUUGAGUGCCCGCUGGAUCGGGAGACAAAUUUUUGCCCAAAUCUGCCAUGUGAUCCUGGAAGAGAAUUCACUACCUCCUAUGAUGUUUGCUGAGGAACUUCUUCCAAGCCUUUUAAGUCUGGGAGUAGAUGCAAUACCCAAUGUACGCCGCCUGUCCAUGGCUAAAGUCCUAGCACAAUGCAUUGUGCCUUUAGAAUAUUUCACGUCGCAACAGAACCCUCAGCAUGAAGAGCUGAUAGCAACCUUGCAGAAGCUGCAGGCCGAUACCGACAGGGAUGUUCGCUUCUUCGUCUCGCAGCAUCCCGAGACUACCAUCUCCUCCCCGCAUGACACAGUGCCUGUUUAACCUGCUGUGAUCACGUCACCAUGGUGCUCAAACACUCAAUGGGGUAACUACGUCUCAGGUGGACAACAAAUGGCGGGGAACCAAAACACUCAAGGGAGGCAACUGUGAAACAGACCUCUCCACUCUGUACAAAUGUAAAUUUACAUCCAACUGUCUGUGAUGAUGAAGUAUUUACAUGAUGAUGCACGGGAUAUGUUACAGCGCUGCACAUAUCUGGUGGCUAGCUGCACAAUAUGGUGAUUCAAAUGAGUAUCUGUUGUCACCAAUGAGUAAAUUUAGCCUUGCUGGCUCCCUCUAUUACACCUUGUAAUCCCUACAUAUGUUACCUUUACACUAAGAUGUUCAAUACGCUGUUUUCUUACUAUCUUCACCAUUGACAAACUAGUUUAUGAAUGAAAUAUUUUACUGUAAUUUAAGAAUCUGUGUUACUACACUAUGAAGAUUGGAGUUGAAAAUCAAUAUUUGCUUGGGCAUAAUCAAUGUAUUAACCGUUGAUUGCACUGAUUGUUUUCUUACUGUGAAUGUUUUUGUAAGAGCUGUAGUUGGUUUUCAAAUUGAGUGAAUCAGAGUUUAAGAAUGCUUGUCCACUGUUAAAUGUGUUUUGAAGUAAUAGAAAGAAUUCAGUAUGUAAGUCAAGUUGGACAAUCACCUUGUAUUCUUGUGAAUAUCUGUUACCAAAGCGACACUACAGUCUUUCUUUGCUUUGUAAUUGUACCAAUAAUAUAUUGACAGUGUUAAUGUUAUAGUUGAUCUGAAGAUUACAGUAUUUUGCCAGUGAUAUUAUUGACAAGUUUUGCUUCAAGUUUCUGAGUGAUGCACUUUACAGUAAGGAUGGGUGAUGAUACUCCCAACGUAGUGAUUUAGUUUCCAAGCGACUAGGAUGUAGUUAUUAGUUUGCGAUUAUUGAAGUCCCAUCUAGACUAACAGUACCUCAGGUUUGACAUCGCUGCUGACAGGUGUCUCGAGUUGACAUCUGCAUUACACGCUCUCUUCAUACCGAGUCAUUAUCGUCUGAUUAUCAGGCAAUCAAAAAGCAAAAGUAUCGGGAAAGUGUGGAUAUAUUGACAUAGAUGUUUCAUGGCAUCUUGUAAGAUAGUUGUGCAUAGCAUGGAAAAAGUGGUUUGAAUUGCCCGACAUGUUUAAGAUUGCCUUUAAACACUGGGAAUGUGUUCAUGGUAUGUUAUACUCAGGCAGAAGCUUUCUUAGCUAUUUAUGCAGUCAUUCAUUUUUUCAAGUAACUAUAAUAGAUACAAAAUGUAAACCACAUCAAUUCCAUUAUUGUUUUGUAUUUUUUAUUCAUUAACCAGACCACAUUUGUCAAAUUCUCAGCACUGCAUACAAAGGAGUAAGACGAUUAGCCUUUAUACUCGGUCCAAAUAGUCUGAAUAUUAGUGUGAAUUUUCUGAACAGAAAACUGCUUAUUGACCUGAAAGAGUAGAUACAUGUGAAACAUGCUUUGUAGAAUUCACAAAUUAUUCUAUUACCUUAUGAGACGGACAAAGAAGUUAACUAGAAAAUGUAACUUCCUGAACCAAACAACCCAGGAAGGUUGCGUUUGUCUCGGAAUGUACGACUGACCAAGCAUUAGGAUCAGAAUCAAUCUUACUUUAUACUUCUUAUUUACCUUAUGUUUCACUUUCAAUACCUCGUUAGAAGCUCUUUCCUGAACAGUGCUAGUUUGACCUAUAUCUAUAACUGGCAUUUCAGAGCUGAAGAUAGAGGAAGCACUUGGUAGAUACUAUAGCCUGUAAACGAAAAAAUCUUAAAAGUUGGUCCAUCUCAACUGUAUUUAGACAUUUCGAUUUUUCAGUAAGUGCCUUAUCUAAAGGUGCCAUCUGUAUGAAUCGAGCAGAACUUGAGCUAAUUUAGGGCAUGAUAUAUGGGAACCUGCCCCCCUUGCUUGUUUACCCUCCCUCCAUGGACAAAACUAAGUCAACUUUUUAUUUUAUGUAGGACCCCCACCAGAGCAGGUCAUUUGCCUCACCUUGUGUAUGUCCAAAAAUGAAUCGGAAGUUUAUGUACCCCAGCACAACAGUAAUGUUCAUGGUAUAUAGGCCAUUUUGUUCCUAUUGGAUAUGGAGACCAAACUAUAUUUUCGUAGCAGAAAGUGGUAAACAUCUUGGGUGCAUGUGUUAAUUAUAUUUAGCUAUUCUCAUUCAUUAAGUCUUCUCCAAGAUCUGUGAAGAUGUCUCAUUACAUCCAACUGAUUUUAGCAAAUAAAUAUGGUUACAUUGUUCCAAUAACGUUUGACCAUAUUUGUUCAUUUCCAGUGCUGCAAUAGCACAUACUGCUCUGUACUAAUCUUAGCAUAGAAGCUUCAGGAGUAGCGACAGCUCCAGGCCCGUCUUGUGUAGUGUUGAAUGUGGUGUGUGUGAGCGCGUGUCUGUGCACUGCUACACAGAAAGCGUCUUUCAACAAAGUCUUUCAAGUUGCUGCUGAAUGCAUAUGCAGUUGGGCUGAGCAUUGUGCAAAUGUUAAUCGAACUAUUCCAGAUGGGCGACAUGUUUUUAGCAGAAUAUUGUAAUUUACACUACAAAGUUUUGUAUUUUAGAUGUUGUACAUUCAGAUAAUGCCAAAUGGUCAAAAAAGGGAUUUAUUUAUUAUAUUUGUUUCAUAUGAAUAAAAAAAGGUAAAAUAAAAUUUUACUUUCACUAA